AAGCUCUACACCGAUUUUAGUUCUAUACUCAACUCUCAAGAUGAAAGCUCUGUUGUGGAUGAUUUUGCCAGUGCUGGCGUUGAUUGACAGAUCCAGUGGCACCUUUCCCUUUGCAAGUGAUGGCAAUGACCUCUGUUUCACACCUUGCACCAGGAAACAUGCUAAUGUUCCAACGUGCUUCACAUCUCCCGACAGUCCUGUAGAAAGCCCUUGCUCCGAGAAACCAAAUUACGUGCCGCUGUACUUCACCGAAAUGACUGGCAGCAACGAGAUUCCCGUUUGCUACUCGUUGUGCGGAAAAUUUGCAAGAACCGACUACGCUUGGUGUUGGGUUGACGAGCACGGAAACUGGGACUACUGCAACCCAGGCAUGUGGGACUUUUCAAUCCAAGACAAUCGAAAGUACAUUGCCAUGUUGUAAAAAAUCCCCCGCAAAAUGUUGAAAUAAAAUUUUUAUGUUGA